AUGACAGUCUCAGCUGCAGGAGUAGUCAACGACCUGUUUGACUUGAUGGAAUGCGAAGGGCAAAAUGACUAUAUAGGCGAACAAAUAUCUCAACUCGAACAUUCCCUGCAGGCCGCUAAUUGUGCAAGGAUAGCAGGUGCGAAAGACGAAGUCGUAUUGGCCGCUUUACUCCACGAUAUAGGGCAUUUCCUUCCAAAGUCUACCCUGAAUACACUCGAACUCCCCUCAUCUGGCUCGGGAACCGACAUGUUUUCACUCUCGAACUCGUACAUGAAAAUUGGGCGGAUGGACCAUGAGACAGUAGGUGCCAUCUAUCUCUCUUCCAUCGGCUUUCCCAGGGUUGUCUGUGAGCUCGUGAGAGACCACGUCGUAGCCAAACGGUACCUUACGGCGACUGAAGAUGGCUAUUGGGAUUCGUUGAGUGAUGCUAGUAAAGCUUCAUUGACGGUUCAGGGAGGGCCGUUCAUUCCAAGCCAGGUCGAAGAAUUCGAGAAAGAUCCUUUGUUCCAAGAAAAAGUCGCGAUGAGGCGAUUUGAUGAUGAAGCGAAGGUUGUUGAUUUGAAAGUUCCAAAGGUUGUAGAAUACAAAGAAAUGGCUGUCAGAGUCCUGAAUUGGAAGUGGGAGCCAGCAGACUGA